AGUGGCUCACGUCGCAGCCCCCGCCCCGCCGCCAUGGCAGACGACACACCCUCUUCCCCUCCGAGCGGCGGAUGGAGCAGCAUGGAGGAAGAGCUGGCCUACUACAAGUCCCAGUACGAGACGCUCGAGGUCGAGCUGCAGGAAUUCCAGGCCUCGAGCAAGGAGCUGGAGGCGGAGCUGGAAAGGGACAUAGAUGAGAGCGAGAAGCGGGAGCGCAAACUGCAGGAGAAAGUGGAAGGGCUUGGAUUUGAGGUUGACGAAUGGAAGGUAUGUGCCUCUUCUUUCCGCGAGACGUGCUGCUCUGGAGCCGCUUUGUGCCAUCCCACCGGCUGGACGCUGACCUAUAUCCACAGACAAAAUACAAGCAGAGCAAGACCGAAGCCAAUAAUGCGCAGAAUACGCUGCAGAAGGAAAUCACAACCCUGCGCGACUCCCAGCGGACACUACAGCUUAAGCUGCGGGACAUCGAAGUGCAGAACGACGACUUCGAGCGCCAGGCGCGCAACACAACUUCGUCGCUGGAAGACCUAGAAUCCAAAUACAACGUGGCCAUCGAGCGCACGGUGAUGCUCGACGAGGAGAUCAAGAUCGGCGAACAGGAACGAGAGGCGCUGAGGAUAGAGAACCAGCGACUGCGAGACGAGCUGUCCGAUCUCAGGAUCGAGGCCGAAAUUGUGCAGGAGAAGCUGCGCAUCGCAGAAGAGACGAUCGAGAGGCAUCAUCAACGCAAGACCUCAAAUCUGCUCGCAGGUGAUUCUUUGCGGCCUCGCUCACCAGUCUCAGAAGCGUCCACCUCCGCCACAACCCUCUCAUCACCCACGACCGCGUCCACCCCACCCCACUCGAAGUCCGACACAGUGCAUCCAGAUGCGACGCCGCCAUCCCCGCCUUUAUCGGAAGCCUCCGUCACCGCGAAGCGCGUACCUUCCACACCCAUGCCUUCUCGGAAAAGCUCGAUCGCGCUUGACCCCUCUACCACACCUCGUCCAGGCUUUUACCAGUCGAGGCCGCCGCGGCACUCAAGGGGGCCAAGCAUUCCCAUGUCGGCCAAGGCAGCAAGUACAACUAGUAGUCGUGCCACGCCUUCAAUUCGGACAACUGCUCCAGCGCAAAGGGGUCCCAGGCCGAGUGUGGGAGGAAAUGCUCCUGCGGGUGGUCUGCCGAGGUCUGGCUCUCUGUACCAGAUUCGAGGGCUGAUUGGCAAGAUGCAGAAGCUAGAGGAACGAGUAUAUUCUGCAAGAUCGAAACUCCCGGCUCCGACAAACACCCCGCCGCGUGCGAGUCCCCGAAACGGAAGCGCUCUUGGGCAUCAUAUACCGAACACCGUGACCGUCAGAAGCAACAGAAAACGAGCAUCCCAGGCGUCGGUAGCCUCUUCUAUGAGCGGCAUAGGCGAUUCUGGUGUCAGCCGGCUCUCUUUCGGUAUAGCGGGCGGCUCGCGGGAACCCAGCAGCAGCCGGCCCAGCAGUCGAGCCUCAGUGACGUCUCAGUCCGGGCUGCAAAGACCAGGCAGCAGGAGCAGCGUGCGGACGCCAUUGGGCCACUACUCGACAUCUUCAAUCAGCGGAGUGGAAGGGCGGCUCCCACGCCCGCGGAGCUCCAUGAGCGGACAGUCCGGCGGAUACAGUCACUCCCAUUCUAUAUCCCUGUCGAGCAACUUGCGGGACGCAGAGGCGGACACCCACAGUGACGGUAGCAGCUCUGUCACUCCAGUGGCUCGGCGGAUGACAUUGGACAAGUCUGGCAUCCCCACACCGAGCGGAAUCCCUCGGCGGCAGAGCGCGGGGCGGAGGACAAGCUCAGGCCUAGAAGGCGACAUGGGUCCACCUGCACGGCCGCGCAAGAUGAGUGAGGUACAGGAGAGUUUCUGAGCGGCCCGGCAGAGGGUGAUUGGGGCGGGUUCCUGCAUGUGAAUACGCAUUUCUUCUUGGUAUAUGAUUCGACGGGCCUUAUACCUUACGGUCUUUAGCAUGGGCUUGGAGUUGGGGCAACCGUCAGGUCGAUCAGGGCUUGAUGACAAUCG